AAUCUCCAUCCCGACUUUUCUUCCGCUCAAGACCUAACCCAGAACUACACCCCUUGUAUAAAUACCGUUAUCCCGGAGAACGCGGGCAUAUCCAGGAGCGCAGCUGGCGCAAGGAACCCUUUUUUUUUCUCUCUUUCCAGUUUCUAGAUUUUGUGGCUUGUUUGUAUAAUAUAUUCCUAAUUUGCCAUCAUGUCUAUCUGGGAUACUCUCUCUGGUCGAAAGGGCUCUUCUACCUCUUCUGCUCCCUCCGGCCCCUCCCAUUCUACGUUCGAUCCUGCCUCUGCCGAAGAUGCAUCCUCAUUCCUCUCUGGCAGCGCAAUGCCAGACCCCUCACUAUUACAUCCUCUCGCCGGACUGAACCAAGAAACACUAGAUUACCUUUCGCUCGAAGAUUCCGCGCUCGAUGACCUACCCGGCUCCCGCUCCGCACUCCCCUCAAGGGGUUGGUCAGACGAUCUUAGCUAUGGAACAGGAACUACAUAUCUAACAGCGCUUUCGAUUGGAGGUACAUGGGGUCUGAUUGAAGGCCUCCGGAAAACUCCAGUGACUGCGCCCCCAAAACUUCGAUUGAACGGUGUCCUCAACUCGAUUACCAGAAGAGGCCCGUUCCUGGGCAACUCUGCGGGCGUGCUUGCAAUGGUAUAUAAUGGAAUUAAUUCCACUCUGGGGCAUUUUAGAGGGAAACAUGAUGCGGCAAAUAGUAUAUUGGCAGGCGCUUUGAGUGGCAUGUUGUUCAAGAGUACAAGAGGCCUGCGGCCUAUGAUGAUAUCUGGAGGAAUCGUCGCCAGUGUGGCUGGUGUUUGGGCUGUUACGAGACGGGCGUUCUUCUCAUAAUCUCGGCGUGAUUUUGGUGUUCUACUCACAGGCGGUUUCACAAAACAAAAUAUUCAACUGAGGCCGGCUUUUUAUUCCGUCAUUUAGCAGCGUCAUUUGAGAUUUUCCGAAUGAAUAUAGCAAAAAAGUCGCCCCUACCUUUGAAGCUUCAUGUUUCUACCUUUCGAUUGCAAAUGUAUUAAAAAUACUUGGUACAACUUAUUUGACCCCGUCUCUUUCCACUCUGGCGUGUAUGUGGAGCAUCUUUGAUUGUUAUCUCCUCUGGUUGGAGACUCGCAUGAUAACGGGUUUGCUUUUGCUGUAUGUAUAUAGAGGACUUUUAGUUGGCUUUUCCUUUCUGUCAAUUUUCUCUUCCAUAUCUGGUUCAUCCCUCGUGAGUUUCACGGACCUUUCUUAUGCCUGGACUUUUUAAUUUAUACUUCUGCUCCAUAAAAAUUAUAUUUUCCUCCCAUUCAGCUUCUAUAGUUAUGUACAUGCUCAUCUUUAUGGUCAUGUAUAUGCCACACCCAGCUCUGGAAGGUUGCGGAACCAACAUGCCGAACAACCUCGCGACUACCCUAAGUACUAAAAAGCGAAGUUCUUUCAACCUACGACUCUACACGUGGCCUACAUACCUAUACGG